AUGGCGACUAGUAAAGAUUUCACAAAUAUUUCAAAGGAUUCUGAGGAGAUGUUUGACACUUGUUGUUCAUCUUGCAGUGACGAUAAUAGGAUCACAGAGGCUAAGAAGUUUUGUAAGGAGUGUCAAUUAAAUUUCUGCAAAAACUGUGUGAGAUUUCAUAAGAAAAUACCUUCACUACAGUCGCAUGAAAUUGUAGAUGUGACAAAAUGUCGGACAGAUAAGGUUAAACAGGUGACGAAAAAGCUGCCGACGGAACAAUGCAAUAAACAUCAUGGACAAUUGAUGGAUAUGUUUUGUAAUAUUCAUGACGAAGUGUGCUGUGGGGUUUGCAUAGCUUUGAAACAUAGGGCUUGUGCCAACAUUGAUUAUGUACCAGAUAUAGCAAAAGGUGUCCUUGCUUGUGAAGAAUUCAAAGAUAUAAAAGAUUCUGUUGCUGCUACUAUCAAUGACAUGAAACAAGAGCAAACAAUCAGGACAGCAAACAUAGUCAAACUCGAUAAAGAGAAAGACAAAUUACUGGAUGUGAUCGAUAAAUAUCAAGGUGUCCUUAUUGACCAAGUAAAGAGAAUAGCUGAAUCAACUAGAAAAGAGAUUCGAACAGAAUUUGAGUCUGAAAAGACAACCAUCACUGCAGAUAUUCAUUCCCUACAUAUAUUGAUACAUACCUUGGACACAAGCUUACCAAAAUGUUCAGUUACCAACGAGGCUCAGGUAUUCGUGAAUAUGAAAGCUUGUAAAACAACUGUAAAGGAUAGUAAGUCUGUUCUUAGUGAGCUGUCUUCCACUUGGAAAACAAAACACAUGACUUAUACAUUUAACGAGAGCGCUAGAAGUAUGGUAUCUAAAAUAAAGUCCUUUGGAACGCCGGGUAAGAAAGAAGAUGUGCAAGAAUAUGAAGCCCAGUUGUAUGGGAAAUUCAGUGUCAAACAAAACACUGAUAUGUCUAAACAUGACAUAACUGGAAUAUGUCAAUUAUCUGAUGAUUCGAUUGUAAUCAUAGAUUAUCACCAUGAAAAGGUAAAACAAUUAGACAGUAACUAUGAGAUAAAAAACACACUGGCAGUAAAUGGAAACCCAAUUGGGAUUUGUGAUGUCAACAGUAAUGAGGUUGCUGUUAAUAUAUUUAAUACUGGUCAGAUACAAUUUAUUUCAGUUAAUGAUAGUAUAUGUUUGACUUCCACUAUUCAGGUAGAUAAAAGCUGCAAUGGCAUUUACUAUAAUGGAAAUAGUGACGAGCUGUUUACAUGUUGUGGAAAAAAUAUAAAUGUGUAUAACAAAAGAGGUCGCCUACUCAAAGUAUUAAACACUGGUCCCUAUGGAAGACCACUAUUUGCCGCAACACGACAGGUAAUUGUUAAAAACUUAACCGAUGAGAUUAUUGUCACAGAUAACAACGCAGGUCUAAUAUCUGUCGACACAGAAGGUAAAAUGAAUUGGUUUCUUCAAGACAAAGAGUUAUCAACUGCAUGGGGUGUUUGCGUUGGACCAAGAGAUAUGAUUUUUGUCAGUGAUUCUUGUUCGAAUAAAAUCAUACAAAUAGACAAGAGUGGAAAUAAAAAAGGAGUGCUAAUAGGAGCAUCAGAGGGAUUGCGCAAUCCCUUUUCUGUCGCAUUUGACAGCCACAGAUCAAGACUGAUUGUAGGAAUGAAUUCAAAUGAUAUACAUGUAUAUACACUGUGUUUAAACCCUAAGAUAAAAACUUAGAUGACUAAAUGAAGAGAACUGGAAACACUCUAUAUUUUAAAAGGACAAACAUAACUUCACUUAUAAGCAAAUAACAAUAUAAUUCACAUGCUGAAAUAAAACCAGACAAAAGUAAUGAACUUUAUUGUCAUCUCAUAUAUGUGAUAUUUUUGGUUAUAUACUUGAUAGUGGUCAUUUUCCUGAUAUGUGGACUGAAGGCGUUAUUGUUCCAUUACAUAAAAAGGCAAUAAAAACGACGUAAAUAAUUACAGGGGAAUCACGCUUGUAAGUUGUCGAAAUUAUUUACAUCAAUUUUGAAUAAAAGGAUUAUGACUUAUUGUAAUAAAAAUAAUAUUAUAUCUGAUGCGCAGUUUGGAUUUAGAAAAGGAAAAUCGACAGUUGAUGCUUUGUUUAUCUUGUUAACAUUAGUAACAGAAGUAUUUAAAAGUAUAUAAACGUCUUUAUUGUGUUUUUAUUGAUUUUAAAAAAUGUUUUGACAGAAUAUAUAGAAAUACCCUAUGGUUAAAGCUUUAUAAAAGUGGAAUUAUAGGUAAAUUGCUACGUAUUGUUAAAAUUAUGAAUGAAAAAGUUAAGUCUUGCGUAAGGUUGUGUAAUACCUAUUCUUACUUUUUGAAAACGAUGUAGGCUUCAGACAAAGGGAAGUUAUUUCGGCCAUAUUAUUUUCUACAACAGAAUACAGACUCUUGUCUUACUAUUGACAAUAUUAUACUUAUUUUGCCGUUGUUUGCUAAUGAUAUGAUUAUUUUGGGUGAAUCGCCUGAUGAUGUAAAACAAUCAUUAAAGCUUUUAUGUACUUAUUGUGAAACUUAGAGUCUAGAAGUAAAUACCGAUAAAACAAAAAUUGUUGUAUUUAGGAGGCGUGGUGGUUUAUUAAGUAAUGAAGAAUUUUUCUACAAUAGUAUAAGUCUUGAAAUUUUGGAUAAUUUUACAUAUUUGGGUACAAUGUUUAAUUAUACAGGUAGUUUAGUUCUAAAUCAAGAGCAUUUAGUUGGUAAAGCAUUUAAAGCCUUAAAUUUGUUACUUAUUAAUUGUCACAACUAUAGAUUAACGCCUAAAAUUUAUUUGUCAAUUAUUUGAUUCAUUUGUUGGUUCUAUUUUAAAUUAUGCAUUAGAAAUAUGGGGAUUCAGUAAAUCUAAGGAAAUUGAAAGAAUACAUCUCAAAUUUUGUAAAACAUUAUUAAAGGUCAAAACGACGACAUGGUCAACGGCUGUAUAUGGUGAAAUUGCACGAUAUCCAC